UUAAAAAUGGCAGCAAACGAUGUGCCGUGUUGCGAAACAAUGUUUUGGGUGUAUUUAGUGAUAUGUGUGUCGCUAGUUUGUUUUGCAGGUGUCAUGUCUGGCCUUACUCUCGGCCUCAUGUCACUCAGCCUUGUUGAUCUCGAAGUCCUCAUUACAGCUGGCAAGCCAGACGAUCGAAAGAAUGCCGAGAAGAUUCUUCCUAUAGUGAAGAAUCAACAUUUGCUACUAUGCACACUCCUCAUAUGGAAUGCACUUGCAAUGGAGGCCCUUCCAAUUUUCGUUGACGCUCUUCUCCCGGCAUGGGGGGCCGUAUUAAUUUCGGUUACGCUAAUACUUGUAUUCGGAGAGAUUAUUCCGCAGGCUGUGUGCUCCAGAUAUGGUCUUAACGUUGGUGCGAAAUUAUCGGUAGUUGUUCGACUCCUAGUCAUAAUUGUUUUCCCUUUAUCGUAUCCCAUCAGUAAGCUUUUGGAUUUGCUGCUCGGAAAGGGUCAUUCAGCUCUACUGAGGCGCGCAGAGCUUAAGACGCUUGUCGGCAUGCACGGAAACGAGGCAGGAAAAGGAGGCGAAUUAACACACGACGAAACAACAAUUAUCUCGGGAGCACUAGACUUGAGUGAGAAAACUGCAAAAGAUGCAAUGACACCAUUAUCUAGUGUUUUUUCUCUUGAUCUUAAUGCUAAACUUGACAAUGAUACGAUGAGUCUGAUAAUAAGCAAAGGGCAUAGUCGGGUGCCUAUAUAUUCAGGAACUGCGUCUAACAUUGUUGGCCUUGUUCUGGUCAAGAAUUUGAUUAAGUGCAGUCCACAAGAUGAAACUCUAAUCAGGAAUCUUACCAUAAGAAGAAUACCUAGGUUCAGUGAAUGUUUGCCGUUGUACGAUAUAUUGAACCAGUUUCAGAAAGGGCAAAGCCAUAUGGCUGUUGUGAUCAAGAGCAAUUCUCUUGUAAAGAAUAACACGGAUAUAGAAUCUGAUGCAUUGGAGAUAAACGUCGAUUCGAGCUCAACUAAUAGACAAACAGACAGAAAUAGUUCUAUACAUUAUGAUUCAGAUGAAGAAGUUAUCGGUAUAAUUACAAUGGAAGAUGUUCUCGAAGAACUAAUACAGGGACAAAUAUUUGAUGAAACCGACGAAUAUGUUGAUAUUCACAACAGAAUCAAGAUUAAUCUGAGCCCUACAUUGAAAUUGUCAUCAAAAUCUCUUUCGCCGUAUUCUUCAAUUCACCAGACUCCGAUUUCUUGCCAUCAGACAGCUACGACACGAUCGCCUCUUUCUCCGUACACUCAGUCACCGAUUUUUAGACCAAGUCUUUCUAAUUCCACUGGAAACUCUGCAUCGGCUUCUCCAGUUGGGAAUGUGGGUCCGAUUUACGGCUCUCCCUCCAACUAUCAGAUAUCUCGGAAAUCAUAUGAGAAACUAAGAAAGCCCGGAAAUUCGUAA